GUUCAGUUAAUAUUGAAGGGCUCCCAUUAUAGCCAUUGAUGUUUUAGUUAUUUAGGCAGCCUACCAGAGAGGGCUUCCUUGUUGUCCCAGCCCUCCUUGAAUAUUGAUUGGCUAAACAACAGUCCAUUGCCGCGAUUCUGGGAAGGGUAGUCAUUGUGUUAAAAGAGAACUGGGCAAUCGAUCGGAAGGAGAAACCACAAAUCCCGAGAUACCUUGGGACCAGGAAAAUAAGAAGCGGCUGCGCACUGCGUUGAAGGGGCUGGUUCGUUUAUAUAAGGCGAGGAAACGCGCUAGGAGUAGCAGUUGAGAACUGGCGGCGCUUGAGUAAGGGAGGAAAGCGGUGGAAGGAGGGGUGGGGUUAACUGCAAGGGAGGGGGCGAUUCGAACUUUGGGUGUGCGUGGAGGAGCCAACCUUCCCUCGUUUAGUUAACUCUUUCCUCUCCGAGGAGGAGGAGGAGGAAACCAUCUUUAACUCGUUCGGGACUGGAGAGUUUUUCAUAGAUUGAAGCUUGGGACGGAAAUAUUUUUCAACCGAUUUUUGAGGUCUAGAUUGUUAAGAAAAAAGAAGAACUGUUACACACUUAGACUCUUGGCUUUGGAACUGCCUUCAACUUUUUCGUGCCUGAACUGUUAACCCUUGAUUGUGUGGAUUUGGACAUUUAACAUUUUUAUCACUUACGCUGGAGUGAGAACCCUGCUGCUUAACUCUUCAGUGGCCUUUUGUCUCCCGAAUCUUCAUUUCUUUAAAAGAAUAUAAUUGCUGCGUGCAAGGUGUUUCAAGGACAUACUGUCUCUUGCGGUGGCUCAUUCUUUAGCUGGAACUCUUUUUGCCUUUAAUCUUUUUAUAAUUUGAGAUGUGCAUCUUUCCUACAGUGUGACAAACAGGAGAAGUAGAGACUGGAGGAAAAAACGGAUGCUUCCACACUUCCCAGAGAAGAACUUGUGAAGCUGGCAGCCCCAGCACCAUCCAGCAAGGAACUGCGGGCUAAUUAAAUUCUCCCUCCUUCAAGAAGAGAGGGAGUCAACGUCGUGGACUUAUUAGCCAACAAUCUUCUCCGGGCUGAGGAAAUUGCUAAGAGCACCAGCUAUGGCUGAUGCUGCCUUCUCUGCCAAUCUGAGGCAACAGCCUAAUGGCAAAACACCUUUCCCCCCCUGCAGGGGUGCAGGCGGAGGAGACUCUGGUGGAGGGGGGCCUUUUGUUGGAUCUCCACCCACUAACCAGGAACUGCUCCAAGGAAGAGAGAUUGUGGAUAGGUGGCAACCAAGAGAGGUGGCUAAGCAGCAGGAUGGCAGGCCGGUCAGUGCUGAUGUUGCCUUUCCUGAUUCAGAACUCACAGUUCCUGGGGUUGAAGGAAGCCAAAGUCUGGAUGCCCCAGGGAUUAAUCAGAUUGAGGACCAGACAUUUGGUGCAGCUGCAGACACUCAAGAUGCAGGAGAUGGAGAGCAAUCAGACCUACAGGAGCAGGAAUACUGUGGGACUUUUGACCAGAGUUGCAGAUCCCAGUCUGGUGGAGAAGAAGAAAAACAACUGGGCAAAAAGAAACAUAGGAGGCGCCCUUCAAAGAAGAAGAAACAUUGGAAGCCUUAUUACAAACUCAGCUGGGAAGAGAAGAAGAAGUUUGAUGAAAAGCAGAGUCAACGGGCUUCCAGGAUGCGGGCAGAGAUGUUUGCUAAAGGACAGCCUGUUGCACCAUACAACACCACACAGUUUUUAAUGGAGGAUCAUGAUCAAGAAGAACCAGAUUUGAAGACAAGCCUUUGCCCCAAAAGAUCUGCCACCAAGUCAGAUGAAACCAGUGAGGAAGACUUUGUGGAAGAGGAGGAUGGGGGUAGUGAUGGGAUGGGAGGGGAUGGCACUGAAUUCCUUCAGAAAGAUUUUUCAGAGACAUAUGAGAAAUAUCAUGUAGAGAGUCUACAGAAUAUGAGCAAACAGGAAUUGAUCAAGGAAUAUUUGGAGUUGGAGAAAUGUCUUUCCAGGAUGGAGGAGGAGAACAACCGCCUACAGAUGGAGAACAAGAAAUUUGCAGGGGAUUCAACAGAGGACCCCAGGGUAAGUCAGUUAGUAGAGGAACUGGACAGGUUGAGAGCUGAGAACCAGAAACUCUUGAAAGAAAAGGAACUUGGCAGAGAACAAGAGAACAAUUUCUCUAAACUGGGAGAAUGAAACUGAACAUUUUCUGAGGACAUAAGAGGAAUUGGACAGAAACCAUCCCAAGAUGCUGUAUUCAUAUUGUGGGAAUACAUGUGUGUAUGUGUGUGUACGCACGCACACAUACACACACAGGACUUUAUGUGAUCUAAUCAGAAUAAAUUCACAAUCUUACACUGUUUUUGAAGAUAGUUCUAAUAUAGUGUGCUUUUUUUAAUUAUGUGUAAUCAAGGGUUUGGGAUUUGUUUAUAAAAAUAAGAACACAGAAUAUCCAGUAUUCCUAGGAAAAUUUCUAAAAGUUCAUCGGACUCAUACAGAAACAGAAUUUGUGAUCCUUGAAAAGGAGAGACAAUUGGUGAAGAGGGAAUGGGGCAUGGGAAGGGACAUGUAAAAUAGUCACAUUCUGGGGGAGGUGGGGGGAAAGGCUAUCCUGAUUCAUGAAGAGAGUUUAAAUAAACUGAAGGUCAUGUCAGCAUAA